AAAGGCGCCCCCGUAGCUGAAAGUUUAAAUUAGCAAGAAGAGCCAUUAAGAAACAGAUAAACUAUUUCAAAGUUGUCGAAAUUGGUAUUUAGCCUUUUUCUGUGAUUUAUGAGACUUGCCCUCGUUGUAACGGACACAUGAAGGCGUUCAAGGGGGGAAACGACGAGGAAUCCUUCUAAGAACUUCUACCAGGUGUCAGUCACUCCACCUGAUCAGUCUUCACCCUGCUCCGUGGUCUGAUGUGUUUAAGUGAAGGCUCCAGGGGUUUGUGAGCACUGAUAACACACUGCAGUGAUCCAGCAGCUGAGGGUAGAAGGCUGGAGUUCCUCUGGCUCACUACGUGUCCCCGCCCCCCCGCUCAGCGUAAAUCUGAAAAACAGCGCAGAGAGGAGGGGAAGGGUUGCUCUACCAGCCGUGUGUGUGUUUACCAGUUGAUCUACCUGAAGACUUGGACCUUUAGUCGGCUGCAGAGGCCAGUGCUGCAUACUCCCUGUGUUAUUAUUAUGGAGCUCUUUUGCACACUGAUUUUAACGGGGCUAAUCAUUGCUCUGCUGUGGCUGUUGAGCCUGAGGAGCGGGAGAACGCUUCGUUUGCCCCCAGGACCCGCUGCCCUGCCUGUUGUUGGAAACCUGCUGCAGCUGGACAAAAGGGCUCCAUUUAAAACUCUGUCACAGCUCAGUGAAAAGUAUGGCCCUGUGCUGACUGUGUAUCUGGGCCGCCAGCGCACCGUGGUUCUGGUGGGCUACGACGCUGUGAAGGAGGCGCUGGUGGACCAAGCAGAUGACUUCACUGGCAGAGGUCCUCUUCCUUUGCUGAUCAGAGCCACCAGAGGCUACGGUCUGGCGGUCAGUAAUGGGGAGCGCUGGCAGCAGUUGCGACGCUUCACCCUAACAACUUUAAGAGACUUUGGGAUGGGACGCAAGAGGAUGGAGGAAUGGAUCCAGGAGGAGGGCCGGCAUCUGGUGGCUCGCAUUAAUGAAACCAAAGCUGAAGCCUUUGACCCAACCUACUUCUUGAGCUGCACUGUGUCCAAUGUGAUCUGCUGCUUGGUGUUUGGUCAACGCUUCAGAUAUGAUGACGACCACUUCCUCUCUCUUCUGGAGACAAUUUCUGAAAUGCUGAGGUUUUUCAGCAGUCCCUGGGGUCAGACGUAUAAUGUCUUCCCCUGGAUUAUGGAAAGGCUGCCAGGUCAACAUCACAAACUUUUUGCCAGAAUUGAAGUGCUGAGAGAGUUUAUUGUGAAAAAAAUCCAGGAACAUCAGGAAACCCUUGACCCAAACUCCCCUAGAGAUUACAUCGACUGUUUCCUCAUUAGACACCAUGAGGAAAAACACAUUCCCACAUCUGAGUUCCACUUUGACAACUUGGUGUCAACAAUGCUCAACCUGUAUCUGGCAGGAACAGAAACCACCAGCUCGACCAUCAGAUUCAUGCUAAACGUUCUGGUCAGAUACCCCAAAAUCCAGGAGAAAAUGCAGCAGGAGAUUGACUCUGUGAUUGCACAGCAGCGCUGUCCUAGCAUGGAGGACAGGAAGGCCCUGCCCUUCACAGACGCAGUCCUCCAUGAAGUUCAGCGUUUUAUGGAUAUCAUCCCAAUGAGCCUCCCUCACUACUCGCUACGGGACUUCUCUUUCAGGGGUUACACCAUUCCCAAGGCUACGCUAAUCAUCCCCUUGUUGCACUCUGUGCUGAGGGAAGAGAAACACUGGGAAACGCCGUGGUCCUUUAAUCCUCAGCACUUCCUGGACCAGAGUGGCAACUUUAAGAAAAACCCUGCAUUUCUGCCAUUUGCUGCAGGAAAGAGAUCUUGUGUUGGAGAGUCGCUCGCUCGCAUGGAGAUCUUCCUCUUUGGGGUGUCACUUUUGCAGAAUUUCACAUUCUCUUGUCCUGAGGGAUGUGACAGUGUGGACCUCAGCCCCGAGUACAGCAGCUUUGGCAAUUUACCCCGCAGGUAUAAGAUCAUUGCCACACCGCGAUGGUAGUACAGUAGUAAUUUACGAAACUCCAGACACCAUUUGCUCAGAAGCCACUCACUCAUUACUGCCCAAUAAAUUACUGUAAUCUUGAUAAACAAUACGCCACACAUACUGUAUCAAUAUGCCUUAUGCCUUAUGCAAAUUUCAAACACAUUUGUUUUGUUCAUUUCAUAAUUUAAUAACUACACUUUUCAGAUAACUGCACUGCAGGAAAUCUACUGUAGUUGAUAAAACACUGAAAUUAAAUGUCUGGGUCAUGUGGGGUCACCUUGAGAGCAGGCAGCAGUAGCUUGGACUCAAACUUAAAGAUUCAAACAUUCUGGUGGGUAUUGUUGUUAAUUACACAGUAUAACUGAUUGUGUAUACUUCAAAUGUCAAACUUCCAAAAAUCCUAGUCAUCAGUCAGUUGCAGGACUAUUAACCCCUGGUGAAGCCCCAUUGGUUGACAGCCCUCAGCUCAGGGAUGUAGAACAAGGAGUUGUCAGUAGUCGGAUAUGCUCGAGGUCAAACUGUGUGUCAGUCUGUCACUUUGUUGAUGCAUGUUCCAGUGUAUCACUGUCUCAAGCCGGAGCAGCGGAGUACAUGUCCAUGUCAGGCUUAGGGGAUCAGUCCUCGCAUGACAUCAUGCCAGUGCGUUGUUAUGGUUUCCACAUGGAGCACUACCACAACCUCUCGCAUACUGUACAUACUACCGGGUUAAUUUAAAGGUGCACAAAUCAAUUAAUUCACAGCUGGGGGAUAAAUUACUUAGUGGUUAAUACUGUGUUGUGUUUAACUCUUGUGUUUCCACACAAAGGAAAAGAACUGGUGCCCUCAUUUAUCUGAAGUUUCCUAAAAUCUAGCAAUCUAUUCCACAUCAUGUAUUAUCUAUAACGCAAAAGCUUUAGUGCAUUAGAACCUGGAAUAUUUUAAAAUUUUAUUCCAUCCAGCUUCUCGUAUUAUGCACAAUAUUAUUAUUAUGCCCCCCCCCCUCCCAUCCAACAACAGCUUCAACUUAUUUGGCUUUUGCUUCUCAAACGUAAUAGUUGAUGAUGAUAAUGAUAUGAAGGUGGAGCAACAUGUACAGCUACAUUUAUGUUUAUGCAUUUCAUAAAAAAUGAUAAUCAGAAGGUAAAAUACUAUUAAAAUUGUAUUUUAUUAAUUGUCUUCAUCUAUUGCAUAUUUUAUACAUGCAGCUAAGGUAGGAUCAGUUGGCUGUGCCAGAAAACCAGAAAACCAUUUUGUCCCAGUGGUGAUGGCACACUGACUUUUGCUCUAUACUGUUCAAGAAGGUUUUAAGCAGCGACUACGUGUACAUGUCUCUUAGUAAUAGGCUGCUGUUUGUUUAUCAUGUAACUGUUGCUGUUGUGUAAGUAAUAAUAUGUGAUCACAGAAAUAAAAUACUCUUCUUCACUCUAA